AUGGGAAUCGACGAGGAUCAGAAAGCCCGGGAGGCUGGGACUCCACGGGUGGUCCCGUCGGGGACCAGCUACGGGUCCGACGGUCACAGGAACGCCUCCUUCCUGGAGCGCACGCACACUGUGAAGCUGCAGAUCGGCCAGACAGAUAUUGGAAACCUGUCCAUUAUCGAGUCCAUACCACCGAACAAGCGCGUGGUGGUGCAGAUCAAUGCUGUGAGCGCACAUGUCCCCAACUUCUUCUCGGGGCCCUCCUGGACCUCCAAGCUGAAUCCCGCUACAUGGCGGAAGAGCAGCGCGGCCACGCCCGUGGAUGACCGCCCCACCAUGCGACAAAUCCUGUUCGGCAUCCAGGGGCGCAUCGAGCCAGGCGAGGUGCUGGCGCUGAUGGGCCCCUCCGGCUCGGGCAAGACCUCGCUGCUGUCCAUCAUGGGCGCGCGCGCGCAGAAGCUGAUGAAGGUCAGCGGCAGCGUGACCUUCAACGGCGCGCCGCUGACCAAGCGCCUGAAGCGCCAGGUGGGCUACGUCCUGCAGGACGACCUGCUGUACGAGUCGCUGACGGUGGAGGAGACGCUGGGGUACGCCGCUGCGCUGCGCCUGCCACGCGAGAUGUCGGCGGCAGACAAGGCCAAGCGCGUGGACGACGUGAUCACCGCGCUGAGUCUGGAGGGGUGCCGCAAGACUGUCAUCGGCGGCUUCUUCCGCAAGGGCAUCUCCGGCGGCGAGCGCAAGCGCACCUCCGUCGGGCACGAACUCCUCAUCAACCCCUCCAUCAUGUUCCUGGACGAGCCCACCUCCGGGCUGGACUCCACCACCGCCAUGCACCUGCUCCAGAUGCUGCAGUUCCUGGCCAAGGGCGGCCGCGUCAUCGUCACCACCAUCCACCAGCCCUCCUCCCGCAUCUACCAGACCCUGGACAACCUCCUGCUCCUGUCCCAGGGGCACUGCAUGUACCACGGCAAGGCACACCACGCCGUCGACUGGUUUGACGCGCUGGGUUACACCCUGCCCUACCGCGUGAACGCCGCAGACUUCAUCCUGGACCUGGCAUCCGCCGAUGUGUCCACGGAGGGCGGCCGUGACGGCGAGGAGACGCGCAAGUACCUGGUGUCCUGCUCCGAGCUGUUCAUGGCGAAGCACCCCAUGGAGGGCUUUGACUUUGAUACCGACAAGGAAGACCUGCAUGAGAUCCGAGAGAAGCUGGACGGUGGGUCCCCAGACGUCAGCACCUCCAGCCUGGACCCGGUCGACCUGAAUGGCGGCAAUGGCCUGGAGAAGAACGGGCAGGGGAGCAUCAAGGCACUGCAUGUGGUGGCAGAGGAGGGCGGGCAGGGAGGUGAGGACGCAAAUAGCAACGAGCACCGGUGGGGGGCUUCCUACAAGGACCAGCUCAAGAUCCUGUUCCAGCGCUCGAUCCGGACCCGGCGCUUUCAGAACUUCUCCGUGCAAGACAUCGCCCAGCUGAUGGUGAUCGCCGUGCUCUCCGGCCUCUUCUGGCUGCAGAAGGCCCAGGACGACACCCUCCUGUCCGCUCGAAACACCAUUGGACUGCUCUUCUUUGAGAUCAUGUUCCUUGCCUUCCGCAUGCUGUUUGUGGCGCUGUUCACCUUCCCGGAGGAGCAGCGGAUGAUGCUGAAGGAGCGUGCCAGCGGCAUGUACAGGCUGUCAGCCUUCUACUUUGCCAGACUCAUGUCCGACUGGCCCAUGGACUUCACCAUUCCCACCCUCUUCAUCAUCGUCGUCUACUUCAUGGGCGGGCUCCGGUACACAGCUGGCGCCUUUUUUGCCAACUACUUCACUGUCAUCCUGUCCAUGCUGGUGGCCCAGAGUCUGGGACUGCUCAUUGGCACGAUGGUCAUGAACCCCAAGACGGCACAGACCUACGCCACCAUCAUCAUGCUGGCCAUGGUCCUGACAGGAGGCUUCUUCGUCGUGGGCCUGGCGGACUGGAUCGGCUGGCUCAAGUACCUCUCAUUCAUCUACUAUGCGCUGGGCAUGGUGCUGUACUUUGAGUUCCAGGGGCGCACCAUAUACAGCUGCAUGGAGCAGGGCACCGACACCUGCGUGCUGACCAACCCCAGCGACCCUAGCACCAGCCCGGAAUGCACCCCGGUCACCAACCUGCAGGACUCGCUGCAGCUGCUCCAGGACCCCAACAGCCAGGGCGAAGCCAUCCGCAACGGGUUCAUCCUGCUCGGCUUCCUCAUCUUCUUCCGCGUCUGGUGCUACUAUGCCCUGCGGAGCAAGACUGCGGGGUUGUGA